GUUACCUGGGGCACCAGCCCGCCGGGGAUCUACAGUGACCUGGGGACAGGCUCAGCUCCCUGGGGCGGAUCGCUGGCCUCAGACCGCGCCACUGUCAUCAUGUCGGUCAGCGUCCACGAGAACCGUAAAUCCCGAACGAGCACCGGCUCUAUGAACAUCUUGCUUUUCCACAAAACCUCCCACCCAGACUGCGUCCUAUCCCAUCUCAACACCUUUCGGAAGCGCUGUGUGUUCACUGAUGUCACCCUCUGGGCCGGGAACAGGUCCUUCCCAUGCCAUCGGGCUGUGCUGGCUGCCUCCAGCAGCUAUUUUGAGGCCAUGUUCAGCAACGGCCUGCGGGAGAGCCUGGAUGAUGAGGUGAAUUUUCAUGACAGCCUCCACCCAGAGGUGUUGGAGCUGCUGCUCGACUUUGCAUACUCCUCCCAGAUCAUCAUCAAUGAGGAGAACGCAGAGUCCCUGCUGGAGGCUGGGGACAUGCUGCAGUUCCACGACGUCCGCGACGCAGCGGCCGAGUUCCUCGAGAAGAAUCUCUACCCUUCCAACUGCCUGGGCAUGAUGCUGCUCUCGGAUGUUCAUCAGUGCCGCAGACUCUACGAGCUGUCCUGGAGGAUGUGCCUGGUCAACUUUGAAACCGUGCACAAGAGCGAGGAUUUCAACAACCUCUCCAAGGACACCCUGCUGGACCUGAUCUCCAGUGACGAGCUGGAGAUAGAGGAUGAGGAGAAGGUCUUCAGGGCCAUCAUUCAGUGGGUGAAGUAUGACUUGGACAAGCGGAAGGUGCAUCUCCCAGACCUGCUGAGGAACGUGCGUCUGGCCUUGUUGCCUUCCAAGUGCCUCAAGGAAGCCAUGGGGUGCGAGGACCUGAUCAUGACAGAUGAGAGGAACAAGCUCAUCAUGGAGGAGGCCGUGCACUGCAAGAAGAAGAUCCUCCAGAAUGAUGGGGUCGUAACCAGCCCCUGUGCCAGGCCCCGCAAAGCCGGGCACACCUUGCUGAUCCUGGGCGGGCAGACCUUUAUGUGUGAUAAGAUCUACCAGGUGGAUCAAAAGGCAAAAGAGAUCAUCCCCAAAGCAGACCUGCCAAGCCCAAGGAAAGAGUUUAGUGCCUGUGCCAUUGGCUGCAAAGUCUAUGUCACCGGCGGGCGGGGCUCAGAGAACGGGGUCUCCAAAGACGUCUGGGUGUAUGACACUGUUCAUGAGGAAUGGUCCAAAGCUGCUCCCAUGCUGAUAGCUAGGUUUGGGCAUGGCUCAGCUGAACUGGAGAACUGCCUCUACGUGGUGGGUGGACACACUGCCGUGGCCGGUGUCUUUCCGGCGUCUCCCUCUGUUUCCUUGAAGCAGGUAGAGAAGUUUGAUCCUGCCUCCAACAAAUGGACCAUGGUGGCCCCUCUAAGGGAUGGAGUCAGCAACGCUGCAGUCGUCAGUGCUAGGCUGAAGCUUUUUGUCUUUGGCGGGACCAGCAUCCACCGGGACAUGGUGUCCAAAGUCCAGUGCUACGAUCCUGUCGUGAACCGGUGGGCGAUCAAAGCAGAGUGCCCCCAACCUUGGCGCUACACUGCCGCCGCUGUUCUAGGCAGCCAGAUUUUCAUCAUGGGCGGGGACACUGAAUUCACAGCUGCAUCUGCCUACCGCUUUGACUGUGAAACGGACCAAUGGACGCGGAUCGGGGACAUGACUGCCAAGCGCAUGUCAUGCCACGCCUUGGCCUCAGGGAAUAAGCUUUACGUGGUGGGGGGUUACUUUGGGACACAGAGGUGUAAAACGCUAGAUUGUUAUGACCCUACCUCGGACACGUGGAACUGUAUAACAACAGUGCCGUACUCACUCAUCCCCACGGCUUUCAUCAGCACAUGGAAGCACUUGCCAGCUUGAGAGGCAUUGGCUCAGGCCCAGAAUUCAGGAGCUUAACCGGAUGCCACUGUCAAAUUCAUCUCUCUUUCUCUCUGCUGGAGUCUGCACAGUGACGGAAUGCUACCAGCCGUGCUCUUACUGCCUCCACCCAAAGCCUGCAAAGGGGCCUUUGCAGCCCUUCUCUGGCUCAGAACACGGGAAAAGGGCUGGCCUGAGAAUGAAGCCGUGCCGUUCGGGCUGGGAGGGGGUGCAGCUAGUGUUGGUGUGGAGGCCUGUUGUGUCAGGGCCAUUUUCCAUCGGGGCUCUCGUUUGUGGGAGCGGGGAGGGAGGGGAAUU